CCAAAGAGGGGGAAACCACAAAGGAGGAGAGAGAUGAAACAGAAAGAAAAGCAGAGGAGGGAAAGAGGGAAGAGGAGCAAAGGGAAGAGGAGAUCAAUAAAAAAAGAAUUCAAACCUGUUUGGAAUCUCAAGGACUCCUUGGGCCAGUUCCCUGUCUGAUGGCUUUUGUGAACAAAUAUGUGCUCUCCAUCCUGGUGCUCUUCUUGGCCUUCUACUACUACUCUGAAAAGGAAGAAUUCAGACCAGAGAUGCUCCAAGGAAAGAAAGUGAUUGUGACAGGGGCCAGCAAAGGGAUUGGAAGAGAAAUGGCUUAUCAUCUAGCAAGAAUGGGGGCCCAUGUGGUGGUGACAGCAAGGUCAGAAGAAACUCUACAAAAGGUGGUAUCCCACUGCCUGGAACUUGGCGCAGCCUCAGCACACUACAUUGCUGGCACCAUGGAAGACAUGACGUUUGCAGAACAAUUUGUUGCCAAAGCAGGAAAGCUCAUGGGGGGACUAGACAUGCUCAUCCUCAACCACAUCACCAGCUCGACAAUGACUCUUUUUCAUGACGAUAUCUCCCAUGUGCGGAAAAGCAUGGAGGUCAACUUUUUCAGUUAUGUGACCCUCACCGUAGCCGCCUUGCCCAUGCUGAAGCAGAGCAAUGGAAGCAUUGCUGUCGUCUCUUCAAUGGCUGGGAAGAUCUCUCAUCCCCUGAUUGCUCCCUACUCUGCAAGCAAGUUUGCUCUGGAUGGAUUCUUCUCUUCCAUUAGGAAUGAACACUCACUUAUGAAGGUCAAUGUGUCAAUCACUCUCUGUAUCCUUGGCCUCAUAGACACAGACACAGCCAUGAAAGCAGUUUCUGGGAUAGUAAAUUUCAAAGCAGCUCCAAAGGAAGAGUGUGCCCUGGAGAUCAUCAAAGGGACAGCUCUACGUCAAGAUGAAGUGUACUACCACAACUCCCCCUGGACCAUGUUCCUUCUUGGCAAUCCAGGGAGGAGGAUCUUGGAGUUUUGGACAAUGAAACAAUAUAAUAUGGAGAAGUUUAUAAAAAACUAGGAACUCCCUUCAGGCUUGGCAAAGUAAGGGAUCUUGAAACCAGUUGUGCCCCAUAUUUCUCUGAGUUUUCUUCAUGAAAGCCUCCUCCAGGGGGAUAGCUAAAAUAUCCCCAGAGACAUGCAAGUCAAAUUGGAAGGAGUUCCUCUAACAACCUGCACAGUGGAAAUGUAACUAUAAUAAACAUAUGAACCACUCUGCAACCUGAGGUUGCAAAAUUGUGAGUGACCCUAGAUAUAAUGACAAGGUAGUUAUGCCAGAUUUACCCCUUGUAUGUCAUAUGAGGCUGAUUAAUGCAGUAUUCGUUGUAAUAAAGAUCAUUUCAACUUCAUAAAUUCAAAACUGGUAUGUAUCAUUUGAGUUCAUGUGGUAGGUAUCGAGCUUAGAAAAUCAUAAGCUAUACAAAUAAAGUUUUUCAAUGCUCAUUUCAUAAUUUGUGAUCUGUACUUUUCAUUUCCAACUUGAAGAAAUCACAUCAGCCUUCAUUUGGUGGGUAUCAUAAUCUUCAUCAUUUCUAUGUAUUUUAUAUACUCUUCGUUACUGUACACUUCUCCAUAGGGAAUGGGAAUGUCUGAACAUGAGCCAUUAAGGCAAUUCAGGGAAGUGGCAGUCCUUAGAAAUCUGAGUCCACCAAACUCUUAAUUGUAUGUGGGGAGGCUCAACUGCUCAUUCAAAGUUUGGAGUGAACACAUUGGAAUUUAAAUCCCACUAAUAAUUCAGUCUUCAUUCAUUCAACAAAUACAUAUACCACACUUGCUAGUCAUUAUGUGACUACAAUCAACUAAGAAGCAAAACACCUGCUAUGACUAAUAACCUAGCAAAACCCUCCACUGGGCUAGAUCCAACAGGUAAGAAAUGGCACCCUCAAGUUGGAUCACUUUUGUAGAGUUUAAUUUAAAAAAGGAAACUACUUACAAAAGCAUGAGCAAAGCUCGUGGAAAUCACCAAGUAGUGCAGUAUCUCAAGACUGGUUAGUUGCAGCUCAUUCUACCCAGAAGCCUAUAGAGACAAGAAGAUGGAAUUGUUAGGAGAAUCCAGAAUAGAGAGGCCUGUUUGGAGAGUGCCACAUGGCAGGAACAAACUUGGUUAAGAAAUACCAAGGAGAGAAGUGGAAACAGAAAUUCCCCAGCCUGAAUCCUUUCUCUCCUUCUGAUCUUAGCCAGUGUUUCCCAUUUGCUUAGGAGAAGGAUGGCAAAAGAUCAAACUAUGGAGUCUAUGUUUCUUUGAAUCUGGAUUACUUCACUUAGU